AUGCAUUCACUCACUCACUCACUCACACACGCAGCAAGCACAAGCAGCAAGCUAGCUCGAUCCCCACACUAAGCUAUCACCAGCUUGCUCUCGAUCGAUCCAUGGCAAUGGCACCGAGAGCAGUGCUCCUGCUGGCAGUGAGCCUCCUGGCCAUGGCGUCGGCGGCGAGCGCGCUCACGUGCCCGAAGGACGGGCUGAAGCUGAAGGCGUGCGUGGACGUGCUGGGAGCCCUGAAGCUGAGGGUGAACGUGCCGCAGGACAAGGCCUGCUGCUCGCUUCUGGACGGGCUCGCUGGCGUCGACGCCGCGCUCUGCCUCUGCUCCAGGCUCACCGCCGACGUGCUCGGCGGCCUUGGCCUCGGCCUCGUCAAUCUCGACCUCCCCGUCAACCUCCGCCUCCUCCUCAACAACUGCGGCAUGAAGUGCCCCGACAACUUCCGAUGCCCCCACCGCCACUAGGAGAUCGAUCAGUGCCACUACGCAGCCAGUGAUCAUUUGAGUUACAUCAUGUCGUAUCAUGAUAUUGUUAAUUUUCUUUUGUGAUCUUUCGCUUGAUUUUUUAUUUUGUUUGUUGCUAUGAUUUACUAUUGAUUAUUUUGUUUUUCAUGAGCUUAAGUUCGUUGAAUAAAAUUUAUUACGUCGGAACUUUUUCGUGAGAUUAA